UCAAAGUGUCUCAGAUGAAAAGACAGAAGGAUAGGUAGAUCAUUUACACCUUUCUUUCUGUAUCACAACAGGACAGUUAUAGAGUAAUUUAGAUUUUCCCUGUGAAUGCAGAUAUAUUUUUAGAUAGUUUAGUUUUACAUUUUAUCCUUUAUGCCAUAUUUUUAUUGUGAUUCUAUUCUAUUGUGCACAUAUUUCCGUUUUAGUAUCCAGUGAAAUCACAUUUUCUAUGCUUUUAUGACACGUCCACAGAAGUAUAACAGUAACCCUUCUGAUAGCAGCAUUUGAGCUUCAGUUACCGAGUGAAACGUCAGAGGAAAAUGGCUGCUGUGUAAAUACAGUCCAUUAUUUUCCAUUAAAGUCAGUAAUUGCAUUUGAGUGCCCUAAUCAGUGGCCACUAUUAGAGCCAAGUUCUAUCAGUGCUGACUGCGUGUAAAACCUCAUGUCUACAUAAAUUAAUUGGCCAAGCUGGUUCAGGAUGAUGUAUUCUAAACACACAUCUGUGGCCCAUUACAUUUGAAUUACUGCACCGUACACUUUGUUUUUGUGAUGCAUUGUGAUUUCUUAGGUGAGUUUAGAGCCAACUUUCUCCAUGAUACAUGACUAUAAAUCACUUUGUUCAACCGUCAGUAUUAUUUACUCAUGUGUUCACCUUCAUCCUGCAGAUUGCAGCUCAGAUUCAAAGAACUGUCGAAACAGAACGAAUACCUCACAAUGAAGAGCAGAACCAUGGAAAAGGACACAAAUGACAUGGUAGAGUACCUGCAGCAUGAAGUGGCUGCAGAAGAAGGGAAGGUCCAGGAGUUUCAGGAGAUGCUGGAGCGUCAGAAGGAGGCCUCCGACUGGGUCAUAGAAGCCCUGAAGGAGGAGCACAGAGGAGAGGUAGAGGAGGUCCAGAAGGAGAUCCAUGAGUGGACUUUGGACAAUGAAACGCUGGCGUCAGCGUACGACCAGCGGAUGGAGGAGCUUCAGGCUAAACUGAGGUCUUUGGAAAAGCGACGACUCAUUCAGACGGAGGAACGCAAAAGAGAAGCUGCUCUCCUGAGGUUCAAACAAAACUGGGAGAAGAAAGAGUUCCUGGAGAAGCUGGAGAAGAAACUAGAGGACGAGCUAACAGUGGAGCUGUCGCGGGGAUUGGUAAAGAAGAGGAAUGACCAUGAGAAGCGUUUGAAGGUCCAGAACCCUCUGAUGGACGACAACAAGGUCCUGUCAAAGGAGAUGGACGACCUGAGGAGAGAACAGAGCAGAACCACCUCUGAAGUGAACCAGCUGAUGGAAACACUCAGGUCGACCACUGAAGAGAACAGCGUCCAAGAGAAGGAGGUGCAGAAGAUGUGGAGGUUGUAUGAGAAGCUGUGGUCAGAGGUGACGGAGCCUAGAAUCACCCACGAGAAGAAACAGCGCCACCUACAGGCCCAGAUCGACGCUCUGAGAUUUCGCCUGGAGUCGGUGUGCGGACGUUUACAGAAAAAAAAAGCCCAGGUGAGUCAUGUGGAGGCGGAGCUUCAGAUGGACAACAGCAGGUACCGUCGUCCGUGCAGGAAGAAGACGCUGCCGUCGCCGUCAGACUCUGAAGGUGACAAAAACAAACCCACCUUCAGCCCAGUUCACACCACAGAUGAACUCCAUACUGACAGCAGUGGGUCUGAACCGGGUCUGAACCGGGUCCACCGUCAUGAUGUCGACGGUCUUCAGCCGUUUACAGCCUCCAUGUUUUAGGAGCAUUAAUAAAAACGAAUGACGAAAAUGACAGUUAUCCCUUUAUUAAAAAAAAAACAAAACACUUCAUCUGGGACGUGGUAAAACCGUAUUUCCUCUAAGGCUACGUUCAUGCAGCAGUUCGGAUUUUUGGGUGAAAUCCGAUUUUUUUGCAUGUACGUUCAAAUUCCACAUUAAAUGGGACUUCUAUCAGUUUUGAGUCUGAACUGAAUGUGACCCUGUGAUCCACAUGCACUAAAGAGGUCCUGAAGUGACCCACAUGCACUAAAGAGGUCCUGA